CUUUGGUAAUUAUUUUUCGUAAUGUAUAUGCGAUAUAAAUGUGUUCGUAGUUGCAAAACAAGAAACAAAAAUUAAAGCAAUUUUUUAAAGACGCGAUAGAGGAAAAGAAACAAUUCGAUCUGGAGCUUAAACACGAAGAAGAAUUCGAGGAUCGUGCAAACGAAAUUUAUCGGAAUGCUAAAACGCGAAUACAAAAGCUUCACAAAGCAGUGAAACACAAGGAAGAGGAAGAAAGAGAGCAGAAAUCUCAACUAAUAGCUGAGAAGUACGGCGUGGUUUUGAAGUCGAUAAGAAGAAAGAUAGAUAUGGAGGAACAACUAUUGAAAAAAGCUCAGGAGGAGCAAGAGGAACGAUAUCAAGAAAAACAAAAAGCACGGAAACAGCAUGAGGAUCAAAUGCGACAGGAAGUGCAACGUUUCCGACUCGAGGUGUUGGCUACGAAGUCGAAGCAACUUCAAGAGGAAAGAGAUUUGAAAACGUGGGAGACGAUUCAAAGAUUUAAGAGGGCCGAGUCCGACGAAAAAUACAGAGACGAGGAACGAAAGAAAAAUUGGGAUAAAAAGAUGGAAUACGGGAACGAAAUAAAAAAGUACAUUGUAAGUAAUGAAAAAAUAGCGGAGAGAAUAAAGGAGAAAAUAGCGGAGGAAAAAGCUGCAGACGUGAGAAAAAUUAUUGAGAAAGAGAAUCAGAAGGUUCUUGACUAUGCGGAGGAAGUUAUAAAUGAAUCUAAAGGCGUGAGGCCGCUUUAUCCAAUCCUUAAGGUUGUGCAGGACUGUAAACGAGAGAUGGGUUUAAUACAACCCGAAAAGAGAGAAGAAACAAUCGUUGAGAAACCUGGAAGAAAACAAAGGGUCCGCAAAUGUCAAAAAUUUGUCGCCGAAGAUAAGAUUCGUUAUUUGUAAUGACGAAAAAUAGAAAAAAAGUUAAUUGUCACUGUUUUACCAAUAUAACAAGAAUUCUAAUAGAAU